UCAGACUCCAGGUGAGUCAACAUGGGUCAGUGGAGGCUGCACAACAUUUUACUUCUCUUGCUUCUCUGCAAAUCCAAUGCACAGUUUGACAGUUUGAGAAGAGGGUCCUGGCGUAACAGAGCUGUAUCCCUUAAUGAAUACCUUGGUCUCAGGGAAAAACUGGAUCCAAAGGACACAAUUAACAACGCACCGAGGUUCACCCUUCUGGCCCCAGACCUGCUGAGGACAGACACCGAGGUGAACCUUUACCUGCAGGUCGACGGUCUAACCACACCCAUCACCGUCUCCAUCCUCAUCCAGGAGUUCAAUAAGAACACCUUUCUUCUCCAGGACUCGGUCAUACUCAAUGAGGGAAAUGGCUUCAACACUCUCAAGGCCAUAAAGCUUCCCUCGGAUCUUUUGAAUCGCGAUGAGGAACAGAACAAGUUCGUGAUACUGAAGGUGACCUUUCAGGGCUUCCACGUCGAGGAGAGGGUACUGAUGGUGUCCUUUCACUCUGGAUACAUCUUCAUCCAGACAGACAAACCCGUCUAUAACCCUGGAGACACAGUUCGCUACAGAGCCUUUGUGUCUACGCCUUUCUUUAAGGCCUUUGACAGCACCAUCACAAUAGAUAUCCAGAAUACAGAAAAUCUGGCGGUUAAACAUCUGCCCAGGGUCAGAGCUGAUGACGGUGUCUAUGCAGACAUAUUUCCUCUCUCUGAACUUGUCAAUGAAGGAACAUGGACGCUGACUGCAAAGUUUGACCACUGGCAGAAGAACACAUUCACCUCCCAGUUUGAGGUGAAGAAAUAUGUGCUUCCUGCCUUCAAUGUCACCUUGACCCCCAGGAAGAACUUCCUCAACCUGGAAGACAGUGAACUGGUCGUAGAGAUCACGGCCAGGUACCUGUAUGGACAGCCGGUCCAGGGGACGGCCUACGUGGUGUUUGGAGUGAAGAUGAACAAUGUGAUGACGAGGUUGCCGUCGGUGAAGCAGGUGUCAAAUCUGGAUGGAGGAGUCGUCAGCCUGAGCAUGGACGAGAUCAGGACAGCUUACCCCACAGACUUUAGAUCUUUGGUGGGCAACUCUGUGUAUGUCAAGGCCUCCGUGCUCACCAAGACAGGCAGUGACCUAGUUGAAGCUGAAAAGAGCGGGAUUAAAAUUGUGGAGUCUCCUUAUGUCAUAUCGUUCAAAGACACACCAAACUACUUCAAGCCGGGCCUGCCCUUUGACUUAAUGAUCCAGGUGAGCCACCACGAUGGUUCCCCGGCUCAUAACGUCAAGGUCAAGGUGAAUUUGCUGGAGGCGCCGCUGAUCGUCCUCUCCGGCGCCACCACGGCCAUCAUCAACAUGCCCAACCUACAACUCCCACAAACCAUCACUGUUGAGACAGCACAAGUCCACCUGAGACCAGAUCAGCAGGCCAGACAACAGAUCACUGUUCAGCCGUACAUUAGCUUUAACAAUGAACGGAGUAACUACCUGUACAUCUCCUCAGGGGAAAACAGAGUGUCUGUAGGAGAAACAAUGUCCCUGACGCUGACCAUCAGAGCUGCAGACCAGAAACACAGAGACUUUAUCAAACAUAUCAGCUACCUGGUCAUCAGUAAGGGCGAAAUCAUCAUCGCUGAGCGUGUGGAUGUGACCGGUCACGAGGUCACCAGCGUCACGGUGACGGUCACCCCGGAGAUGAUGCCAUCAUUCCGUUUCGUGGCGUAUUACAGCAUCCCCUGGGUAGGGCGUGGAGAGGUGGUGUCCGACUCCAUCUGGGUGGACGUGACAGAUUCCUGUGUGGGAGGGCUGAAAGUCGGGCCAGUGGACAACAAGCACCGAGACUAUGCACCUCGGGAGAGAUUUAGUUUUCAGGUCAGAGGUGACCCGGGGGCAAAGGUCAGCCUGGUGGCUGUUGACAACGCUCUCUAUCUGCUCAAGAAGGACAGACUCACACAGAAUAAGAUGUGGAACGUGGUAGAGGAUGGAGACUUUGGCUGCACCCACGGGGGAGGGAAAGAUGCCAUGGGGGUGUUCACAGACGCAGGACUGCUCUUCUCCUCUAGUCUCGGGGUCACAACUCAAAACAGACAAUCCCUGCAGUGUCCAGGCAGUGCCAGAGGGAGGCGCUCUGCUGAGCUGUUGCAGCGUAAAGCCCAGCUGGAGAGUCACUACAAACAGGGGCUGCAGCACCGCUGCUGUAAGGACGGCCUCAGGGACAUCCGCAUGCCGUACUCCUGCACGCGCCGCUCCCUCUACAUCACUGAGGGCUGGGAGUGCAUCCGGGCUUUCCGCUACUGCUGCGCCACUUACAGGGGCGAGGUGUUUGACACCACAAAGCCCACCACCCCGCCACCCACGACCACAACUGCCCCCACCACCAGCUCUCCGCCCUUCGUUUAUCAUAGAGCAGUGGAAGUCGGCCCAGGAAGGUUUAAUCGCUUUCAUGAUCUUACUCCAUAUGCACGCGUAUUACCUAUGUCGCCUGGACUGCCUGGACUGCGUAGACAGCCUGGAUACUUCGGCAUGGCUGGACUGCCUGGACCACCAGAACCUGAACUGGAAAAGCUCUUUACUAGAAACAUGAUGCCGGAACCAGAGAUGGUGGAAGAGCUGGAGAAAGACUGGAAGUACCAGGAUGAGAGUGAGCUGUAUCUGCGUCACAAGUUCUUCGAGUCAUGGCUGUGGACGGAUGUUAGACUGCCCAGCGAGGCGGGCGAGGACGGGUUGGCGUCUAAGAACGUGCCUGUCACUUUACCUGACAGCAUCACAGAGUGGGGAUUUCUGGGCAUUAGUGGAUCGCCUGAUACAGGUUUCUGUGUGGCCGAGCCUUACAACGUCAGAGCAUGGAAGAAUUUCUUCGUGGACCUGAGGCUGCCACAUUCGGUGGCGAGGCUGGAACAGAUCGAGAUCAAAGCUGUGAUCCAUAACUAUGGCUCCACCGCGUUGCACGUGAGGGUGGUGCUGAAGAGGACAGAAAACAUGUGCAGCGUCGCCUUUAGGGACAGACACACACAGGAAGUAGACGUGCCGGCCGGCUCUUCUAUAGCGGUGCCUUACACCAUCAUGCCGCUGGUGGUGGGGAAACUUCCUCUGCAGGUGAUUGUACUCGCUGGCGACGAGAUGGGAGGAGACCAGGUGCAGAAAUCUCUCCGGGUGGUGCAGGAAGGAGUGCAGAAGACUGAGGUUUUCAGUGCGGUGUUGAAUCCGUCUGCUCAAGGAGGUACGCAGAUAGUUCAUGUUGCCAGGACGGAACUGGAGUCAGUUGUGCCAAACUCUGUUCCAGAGACGUUCGUCAAUGUCCGAGGCAACCUGUUGGCAGACAGCAUCGAUAACUCCAUCAAUCAGGAUUCUCUGGCGUCUCUUCUCCGGAUGCCCGGUGGCUGCGUGGAGCAGAACUUGGCCAGAAUAACUCUGCCGCUCAUCGCCACCCUCUACCUGACCCGAACCAACGGCUGGGAGAGUGUUGGGGUGCAGCGCAAGGCUGAGGCUAUCGGAUACAUCAAGAGAGGCUAUGAGAACCAGCUGGAAUACAGAAAGACCGAUGGCUCUUACCCCCCCUACAAGCGGGAAGGUGCAAGUACAUGGAUCACAGCAUACGUGGUGAAGGUGUUCUCCAUGGCUCACUCCAUCAUCGGCAUCGAGAAGCAGCACGUGUGUGACCCUCUGCUCUACCUGGUGGAGAACAAACACCGGGGCCUGGGAAACUUCAUAGAGGAAAACCCAGUUUACAGCACUACCAUGACUGGCGGACUCAGGGGCGACGACCCUGUAACGACCCUGACGGCCUUCGUCCUCAUAGCGCUCGCUGAGGCCAAGCAGGCAGCCAUCCGCUGCACCAGUACAGGUGUGAGUGUGGAGGAAGUCAUUAGUAAGACAGCAGAAUACCUGAAGAGAGCGCUGCUGAAGCCCGGGAGGAGACCGUACACGGUGGCCAUCGCCUCGUAUGCGCUGGCUCUGCUGGGGGACGCUCGACCUUACGACCCGACACAGACGUUACUCAAAGCAGCAGCUCCAGAUGGCAGCCACUGGCCCGACCAUCAAAACAACUUGUUCACCUUGGAGGCGACCGGCUACGCCCUGCUGGCUCUGGUGAAGCUGGGACACAUGCGUGAAGCCGCGGCGCCCUUCCAGUGGCUGAACAGCCGGCGAAGAAGAGGCGGCGGCUACGGCUCCACCCAGUCCACCAUGGUGGUGCUGCAGGCGCUGUCACAGUACCUGAUCGAGAAACCGCCCUCUUUCGUCAACCUGGAUGUGGACAUCAGGAUGACAGGACGCAAGGAAAUCCGUGCCCAUUUCAACCCCAGCACCGCCUUUGCUGUUCGCUCGGAAAGGUUACCUGCUAAUGCUGAUCUGGAGGUGCAGGCUGAAGGGAGCGGACAGGGGAUACUGGAGGUCGUGACCUAUUACAACCAAGUGCAUGAGGUGGAUGAGAAAAAGCCCUGCGAGCACUUUGAGCUCAGCGUCACUAUCCAAGAAUCCAGCGUUCAGCCUCCAGGAGAUGUAGGGAAGUCCUACGACUUCACCAUCAAAGUGAGAGCUUUAGGACCCAAUGUCAGGAUGGUGGUCCUGGAUAUCAGCCUGCCUACCGGCUUCACCCCACUGAACUCGGACCUGGAGCUGUUGUCCAACUCAGUGGACCAUUACAUCAAAAACUUCCAGAUUGUUGAUAACCUGAGCGACAGAGGCUCUCUGAUCAUCCACCUGUUCAAGGUGUCACACAGAGAGCCAGAUAUCCUGAUCUUCAGGCUUGAGCAGAACUUUAAAGUCGGCCUCCUCCAGCCGUCCUCGGUUACCGUCUACGAAUAUUACAACCCAGAUCACCGCUGCAGUCGAACCUACACUCCCAAAGAGGACAAAGAGGAGCUGAGUCGGAUCUGCAGAGACAAUGUCUGCCGCUGCACACAGGGUGACUGCUGCAUCCCCAAACCCGACAGUGAAAGUUACCUCAACAAAGAGAGAGAGAUGUUUGCCUGCAAGAGCUUACACCAUGUUUUCCAGGUGAAGGUGCUGAGUGUCAACCGGACUUUCUACGACACGUACAAGGUGGAGAUCACACGAGUUAUCAAGCUGGGUGUGGAGGCUGCAGUGGAUAUCGGCCAGACGAGGCUUUUCAUGUCACAUGGAGGAUGCAGAGAGGGGAUCAGCCUGAAGGAGGACACCCACUACCUCAUCAUUGGCCCCAGAGACGACAAGUGGAAGACUGACAGUGAAAUAAACGGCUUCAUCUACAUGUUAGGAAAGGACACCUGGGUGGAGCGCUGGCCUUUGGCUGCAGAGUGCUCCAGCAAUCCCGACCUGCAAGAUAAAUGCACGAGCCUGGAAGCUGCUGUUAAUCAACUGUUUGUCGAGGGCUGCAGGCUGUAGAGGCGUCCCAGCAGCAACCGCACGCCGUCCUCGUGUGGACCCAAAGAUUUAAAGCUCAUUUUUAACCCAGUCUCUAUGCCAAGAGCAUUUUAUUCAGCUGUGUUUUCACUGUGGAACAGAGAACUGAAAGUGUAGCCACUAACAGUGACAGAUAUAGUCCGGUUUUUCGAAACACGACUGGCAGCAACAAAACUACUAAAACCAGUCAACUCAAGGUUAUUAUAGCUUUUAUAGAACGGCUAAUAAUAAAACUGUCACACAUGCUCACUGUCUGACAUGAAACUUACUGUUGAGAAAAGGAUGUGGUAAAUACAGACACCAUCUUCACCAAUCCAAAGAUACAUAGGUUCUACUCAUCUUUACAAAUGUACAGGUUCACAAUAAAGUCUAAAAUGUCAAAGGUAAAAAUACAUCAGUUUGAAACAUGCAGUAAAUACAAAUAGCUAUUCAUGUUACUCUGUUGUUGGUUUGAAAUGUUAAAACAUACUUAAAAUGACCUUGAGGGAGUUUAAUUUGACAUGUCUGUAAUACUAUAUUAAAUAGGCUUCUGAAAAAUGUAAUAAAUCAUUUACAGGUUGUUCAGAGUUAACCUGUGCUGACUGAAGAUAAACUGAACUCUGAUGUUCUG